UCAGCAUCGCACAGGAAGUAGAAGGAACAGUCGUCCUGUGAGUGUCAAGACCUUUGAAUCUGUGCCUGUGGAACCGACCAUAAAAGUGGUUCAAGAUGAAAAUCAGACAGACAGCGGGAUGAUUCUCGCGUCCGAAGAACUAGAGGCGUUAGAAGAGAAAGCAAAAGAAUUGGCAUUGCCCUUCAGUGGGCUGAUUUCCAGCAAAAGCAACGAAUCUGUUAUGUCUGAAGCUUCAAAUCCCACCAGCGGCUACCAGUCAGGCUACCAUUCUGAUGACAUGGACAUUGCCAUGUAUCCUAGUGAGGAAACAGAACUCUUAAUGCUCAGGGACGAUGCUUCUCAGACCUCCUUCGUUGCCUAUGGCCCUGCUAUCUCUCUGAGUUCGCAGUCUGUAUAAGGACUUCUCAAAAAAACGUUGACAACUGGAACUUGUAUCAAACACUGCCUCGUCCUGAAACCCAUUGUAUUCAUACCCAGAAUACAAGAGGGGAGAAAAACAUGAAUUUUCCCAUUAUUAUUAUUAUUAUUUCAUGAUAAAAAGAAGAAAAUUGCAAUAAGGAAUCCCAUGGAGGCAAUGCAAGACUUUGAGAGAGCUUGAAGAUAUAUUAGGCAUUUUUGGACAGUGAUAGACAACCGUUUCACCCUCAGUUGGAAUGCAAAAACAUUGUAAAAUCCGAUAAGGAGGCCAUCUUUCUAUGCAGUUACAUGAAGAUGGAAAUAGGCUGUUUAUAGGCUGUUUUGAGUUUUGGGUUCAUCAGCAAUGAGAUUUCAGAAGAGUGGUCUAAGACACACUUCCGGAGCCUAAGACAGUGUGUAACACUACAAUCCCUGCAGUGGUGGGAUCCAAUUUUUUUUUACUACCAGUUCUGUGUUGGCGUGGCUUGAUGGGCGUGGCAUGGCU